GACGUGAGACCCCAUGUUGCCGUGGGUGUGAGCCGCUCCUUUGUACCGAUGUGAAGUUCUGGAAUAGCAGAUACAUCCCUGCUAGAGGUGGACAUGUACGGUUAGGUUGAGCUAUGGUAUGUAUGGUGCUGUAAAUUGGAUGCUCCGUACCUGAGCCCGUAGCGUCCGUACCAACCAACUUUCAUGCUUCCCGCUAGUUUCCUCAGACACACACACAUACCUACACAAUGGUACAUACCAAGGGACCCGCCCCGCAGCACCACGAUGGCAGUGGCCUGCGCAUCGGCAUCAUCCACGCCCGCUGGAACGACACCAUCAUUGAGCCUCUGCUCGCGGGAACCAAGGCCAAGUUGCUCGAGUGCGGCGUCAAGGAGUCCAACAUUGUGGUCCAGUCGGUUCCUGGCUCGUGGGAGCUCCCAAUUGCUGUCCAACGCCUCUACUCAGCAUCGCAAGUCCAAUCCUCCUCAUCCGGCGUCGGCACCAGCGCCGGCGACCUCCUCGGCAGCUCGACAGCCGACCUCGCCUCUUUGAGCAACACCGCCGCGUCCGCGGUGUCGACGCAACCGUUCGACGCCCUGAUCGCCAUUGGCGUGCUGAUCAAGGGCGAGACGAUGCACUUCGAGUACAUUGCCGACACGGUGUCGCAGGGCCUGAUGCGCGUCUCGCUCGACACGGGCGUGCCCGUCAUCUUUGGCGUCCUGACCGUGCUCACCGAGGAGCAGGCGCAGGCGAGGGCCGGCCUCAUCCCGGGAAGCCAUAACCACGGCGAGGACUGGGGUCUCGCUGCUGUCGAGAUGUCUGUCAAGCGCAAGGAUUGGGCUGCUGGCAAGAUCGAGUAACGGUCGAUCAUGCGGGUUGGGAAGGCAUUUAAAAAGA